AUGGCGGUAUCCUCUGAUAAUGAAUCACGAAUUACUCUAUUUCAAUCGAUUGGUCUCAACGAGCAAAAAGCUCGAGAAACAUUAAAAAAUCAAGAAGUUACUCGUUUACUUGAAACAAAUAUUAGUGAAGCGAGAAAAAUUCUAUCUGGAGAAACUCAAAUAUCAAAAUCAAUUGGUAAUCUUCUUUAUGCACUUGCAACCAAGAGCAAAAGUCAAAUUCAUAAUUUACAUCAUUAUUUACUUCAAUAUAUAUGCGAAGAGAAGAUAAAAAAUGAACUUCAGCUAACAGCUGCUAUCCAAUAUCUUCUAUCGAAUCCUACUGAACCAGUUGAUCGAAAAGCAUUAGAAGAAAAUGCUGGUAUAGGAGUAACAGUUACCCCAGAACAGAUUGAGCGAAUCAUCGAAGAAAUAAUUGCAGACAAUAAACCUCAACUACUUGAACAACGCUAUGAUUUUUCAGUUGGCACUCUAUUAGGUGAGGCUCGAAAACGUUUACCAUGGGCUGAUGGAAAAGUAGUUAAGGCUGAAAUGGAUAUUCAAUUACUCGACCUUCUUGGUCCUAAUGAUAGAUCAGCUAAAAGUACAACAGGCAAACAGAAUACUACAAAACCACCAGCUUCAAAAGCCAAGCCAACUGCAACGACUAAUAAUGAUGUUCAAGAAAAUGGCAAUAUAAAAUCAUUCUCCGAUUUAGCUGGUGAAGCUUUAAAUUUCCAUAAGACAGGUGAAAAUUACAAAACUGAAGGUUAUGUUGUUACACCAAAGACUAUGGAUCUUCUACGUGAACAUUUAAAGACAACUGGUGGACAGGUUAUUACACGAUUUCCACCAGAACCAAAUGGUAUUUUACAUAUUGGUCAUGCUAAAGCAAUUAAUUUUAAUUUUGGUUUUGCUAAACGUAAUAAUGGUAUUUGUUAUUUACGUUAUGAUGAUACGAAUCCAGAGAAAGAAGAAGAGAAAUUUUUUACUGGUAUUCUUGAUAUUGUCAAAUGGCUCGGGUAUGAACCAUAUAAAAUAACUAAUGCAUCUGAUCAAUUCGAUCAAUUAUAUGAAUGGGCUAAAGAAUUAAUUCGUCGUGGUUUAGCUUAUAUUUGUCAUCAAAAAGGUGAAGAAUUAAAAGGACAUAAUGUUGCUGAAUCACCAUGGCGAAAUCGACCAAUUGAAGAAUCAUUACAAUUAUUUGAAGAUAUGAAAAAUGGGAAAUUCGCUGAAGGUGAAGCAACAUUACGAAUGAAAUGUGUUAUGGAAGAUGGUAAACUUGAUCCAGUUGCUUAUCGAAUCAAAUAUGCUCAUCAUGCUAAAUCAGGUGAUAAAUGGUGUAUUUAUCCAACAUAUGAUUAUACUCAUUGUUUGAAUGAUUCGAUUGAAAAUAUUACUCAUUCAUUGUGUACGAAAGAAUUUCAAUCUAGACGUUCUUCAUAUUAUUGGUUAUGUAAUGCUCUUGAUGUUUAUUGUCCAGUACAAUGGGAAUAUGGUCGUUUGAAUUUACAAUAUACUGUAACAUCCAAACGUAAAAUUGCGAAAUUAAUUACCGAAGGAGUUGUUCAUGAUUGGGAUGAUCCACGUUUAUAUACACUGACAGCAUUAAGACGACGAGGUUUUCCGCCAGAAGCCAUUAAUUUAUUUUGUGCACGAAUUGGUGUAACAAUGUCACAGACAGUGCUUCAUCCGGAUAUGCUUGAUGCAUGUGUACGUGAAGUACUUAAUGUUACCGCUCCUCGAGUGAUGGUGGUUACAGAACCAUUGAAAGUGACAAUUACAAAUUUUCCAAGUGAACAUUUUAUAGAAUUGGUCAUACCAAAUUUUCCAGCUGAUGAAUCUCGUGGAUCGCACAAAAUAAAAUUUGAUUCAGUUAUUUAUAUUGAAAAAUCAGAUUUCAAUGAGAAACCAGCUAAAGAUUAUAAACGUCUAGCGCCUAAUCAACCUUGUGGAUUGCGUUAUGCUAAUUAUGUUAUUACAGUUCAAGAUAUUAUUCGAGAUUCAAAUAAUGAACCAAUUGAAUUGAAAGUAACAUGUCAAAAAGCAACAGAUCAAGGAAUUGCAAAACCAAAAGGUUUCAUUCAUUGGGUAUCUCAUCCGAAUAAAUGUGAAAUUCGGCUCUACGAUCGACUCUUUAUUCAUGCAAAUCCUGAUGAUCCUAAAGAAGUACCUGGUGGUUUUCUUUCGGAUAUCAAUACAAAUUCUUUAACAAUCAAUAACAAUGCUCUUGCGGAUGAUGGCAUCAAGAAUUCUAAACCGUUCGAUAAAUUUCAAUUUGAACGCGUUGGAUUUUUUAGUGUUGAUCCUGAUUCAACUAAUGACAAAUAUGUUUUCAAUCGAACGGUUUCAUUGAAAGAAGACAAACGAGCAUCAUAA